AACACAAAGCGCACAAGUUAUCUUACGAUACUGGGAGGUUUCAUCGAAGCAACAACUCCCCAAAAAAUCCUACUGAAACAGGACGAAUACCCACAAAAUGUCCGAAAUUCGUGGUUUAAAUGCAGGUAUGACAAAUCGUCUGAAAUCAAUAGAAUGCAUAAAAACUGAUCACAACCACCCUUAGUCCCACGGAUUUCAGUGGAUGUGUCCUCGAAGCAUGAUAAAAUCUGGCUCUCCGCCCUGAAAACUUUUGAGAAAAGAGGGCCUGCCUUUACGCAGAGCAAGCGGACGCCGAAACCCAGGGAAACGCGAGCCGUCCUCUCUCCGGCCCUCCCGCUUCUGGGAAUGGUUCCGGCCCUGCGGAGGCCCGCCCGACUCUGGAACGGGGCGAGGAGGAGGCAACUUGCCUGACCCUGGAUCUCCUGCGCUUCUCUCCAUGUUCAUAUUUGGAGCUGCCCGGGCAGCAGCUGGUGCCCCAGGAAUUUCCCGUCAUGCCUCCUGGAGAGGCGGCCGGGCCUGUCACUGGGCUCAACUGUGGGGGCGGGCGGCGCUUUUUUUUGGGCGAAGCCGUCAUCUUCUGCGGGGCGACUUCUUCCUCCGCCGCUUCACUUUCUUCGCCCCGGCGUCGCCCUCCAUGCGCCCGGAGCUUUCCUGGCUGCUGAAGUUCGGCUGCCUCGUGGGGCUCUCGGCCGCUGCGCUGGUAGGAGGGUCAUGUAGGGAUAAAAAGAACUGUAAGGUGGUCUUUUCCGAAGAAGAACUAAGGAAGCGGCUGACACCUUUGCAGUACCAUGUUACUCAGGAGAAAGGGACUGAAAGUGCCUUUGAAGGAGAAUAUACAUAUCACAAAUCUCAUGGAAUAUACAAAUGUGUUGUUUGUGGGACUCCUUUGUUCAAAUCAGAGACAAAGUUUGACUCCAAUUCAGGGAUUCUUGAUCUCAGCACCUAGUCCUUGGCAGUUUCUCACCUACUUUUGGUUUCCAUUCAAGACCACUUGGCAUGAUUUCUUUCCUGCCGUCUGUUUGAUAGACCCAGCUUCAACAGGACUGAAUACUCCCUCACAUUUUUUUUAACUUUGGAAAUGCGCUCUUAAUCAUGUUAGGUGUCAUCUGCAGAGAAACGUCAUAGCCCAGGGAUACAUCUCAGAAGAAUUAACCUUUACUUAAGUGUGAGUCCUAUUUAAGUCAGUGGGAUUUAUGACAGCAAAUUCACAGAGAUAGUUAAAUGGUUGUUUACACUCUGUGUCAUAUGCAAAAUAUAUUAUUAGUUAUGAUUAGUUAAACAAGUCUCUAAAGAACUAGGCCCUAUACAGUUCUCUCAGUCAU